AUGACCGAGCCCGGUACAGCAUCCUGGGACGUGAGCAUCAGCGAGGCCGACUUUGCGAAGCUCAUAGCCGGUGUCGAAUCUCAAAGUAUGGAGGAAAGAUGGAACGUCUGGAGCGAAGAGGGGAGCCAUGGCGAGGACAUGCUCGUCCACUUUGCUCGAAGCUGGACAGGCCAGAAAGUGUAUAUACUUCAUUUGGAGGCGAAUGAGGGUGAUGGCAAUACCGGAGGAAAGAUCAAAGGUGUCACCUGGGCGCAGAAGCUAGGAGAAUAUCAUAUCUCGGAGGAGCAGGGCAAGAGGGACGCGACUAUCAUAAGCAGAGCCCUGCUCGGCUGCAAGGUCGAAGCGCUUCCAGAGUAUGACACUGAUGAUCUUUACAAACCCGCUUCGACGGAUGCAUCCAAGGAGCGACAGCGACAGGAGCAAGGCAACAGCUCCGGAAACAAACCCCCGGUCUGA